CGGGGGGCGACAGCGACAAGGAGGUUCGUCCUCAUCUCCAUCAUUGGGAAUGGUGCAGUGAGAGCAGGUUUUCUCCUCUUCGCAUCCCAGAUUCAGCAUCAGCCACGUCAGUAUCUGCCGAACCUAAUCCAUUGUGAACUUUGGAGAGACGAUUGUCGAUUGAACUCGUGUAUCGCUGAAUACGAUGAUGGAGCCACAGAAAAAAACUUGAGAAGUAGCUCUGGCUAUCGGAUCUGUGAAUAAUCUCUACGGCGGCGGCAACAAAUGAGUGAGAAACAUGCAGUUGGACGAAGAGGCCGUGUACUCGACCGUCCCCAACUGAUUGAGAAACUGUUUUACGACAAUCAUAUGAUUGAUUGGUUUACGACAAUGCUAAUUGAUUGAUUGAUUGAUGAACGACAAUGAUAAUUGAUUGAUGAACGACAAUGAUACAGCAGUAUCGGAAACCAGGGAGACGAGACGGCGGCGGUAUGUUCAUCUUUGUGAUGGAGUGCAGUUCUUUUCUCUGCGAACAGUAAUCGACCAGAUCUCAGGGCAGGCAAGUAAAGAGAGAAGGUAUACUCUGUUUGAGAAGAUAACCUCGGCGGCGGUUUUUUGGGGGAAAAGAAAAGAUAAUGUCUAGGCCGCGACUAGAUCCUGCCGCGUUUGAACCGCUUGGAGGAACGCUAAGCUCUCGCUACGCUGAGGCCAGGCUGCCGUCAGAUGUCAGCGCGGGAGCGAACCCUGCAAGCAUGCAAUCGUGGCACGAGACGCCGUCUGCCGCCGCGUAUCGGACGGCAGCUGCUGCUAUGUCAGAGGCUGACAAUGUCAGGGGAGUGUAUCAUGCAGCAGGCUUGGGUGCGGCGGGCCACGGGGGAGGCAACAGGCAAUCAGGGGAUUGGGGUGAAGGGGCGGGGAUACUGCCGCCGCCGUCCGUCGAUGCUGGAGUGGGCGGGAGUUCGUUGGAAAGAUCGAAAAAGUUCCAACCUGAUGCGGGAUUAGGGUAUGGUUCGGCAGCAGACGCUCUGGGCUGGGACGGGACGGCAGCGAAUGCGUUUCCGCGAGGUCGCCCCGGCUCUCCGGGUUUCGGGAUGAGCGGAUCCUCGGCAUCUAGAUACUCCGCGCUCGCGGAACCUCUGGGGAGCUCGCUUUCAGCAAAGGCGGCGCUCGAUCCCGCCUUGAGGUCCGCUGGCGGUGGCGGUGGCGGCGGCGGCGGCGGCGGCGCGGCAUCACUGUACGCGGCGGCGGCAGCUUCGGCGCUAGAGACGGGGGGAGCGCCGAGCGGUCUCGGAGCGGGCCGAUUCGGUUCGGGUAUUGCCGGGGAGCUGCUACCUUCAAGUGGAGGAGGGGUAGGAGGGAGUCUUGGAUGGUCGGAGCCUCGGGGGGCGACGGGUAUCCUGCCAGAGCCUGCAAGUGUCAGACACGGGGGUUUUGAUCGGGUUUCGCCCAGCCGACCUGGUGGCGGCGCUGACAAUGUCGAGCUAUCAAGGCGUUUAUCAAUGCAGGGAUAUGGUGGUGCCACGUGGGAGGGUGGGGGCGGAGCAUAUGGCGGGAGUGACGUGGGUGCUGCUGCGCAUCAGGCUUAUCAUCAGUCGAACAAAAGCGGAUCCCUCGGAUCCCCAGGGCGCUCCGCUGCGCGGCAAGCAGCAGCAGAUGGACAGGGCGAGCGCUCGGCGCAGCGUGGUUAUGAUGAGACCCGGGAGAUGUACAUGCGUUACGCGGGAAUGGUGGCGGAUCAUCCGUCUGCCCGCUUUGUCGACGGGCAGCGGCACCAGUCUCCUGCGACUCAACGGGGGGGAGAGCGCGAGCGCUCUCCGCGCUACACGGAGCGGGACGGGCGCACCGCGGAAGCGAAUCAGCGCGACGGUCGUUAUGCGGAGCUGCAGCGCGAUGGUCGGUACUCGGACGUAGCCCGCGAAGGGCUACUGCGCGGUGAUCCGCGCUAUACGGAAGCGCAGCGGUACGCGGCGGAAGCUCACCGAGGAGAUUUGCGCUAUGGUGAGGUUACAGCGCAAAAGGAUGGACGCUAUGCGGAAAUGGCGGCGCAGAAGGAGACGCGCUAUGGUGUUAGUUCAGCGGCGGCUAAGGACGUGCGUUAUGCCGCCGAAGGCGCUCAGAAGGAGGCGGCUGCGCGCUAUGGCUCCGAGAGUUCGCAGAAGGCUGGCGCGCGUUAUGCCACCGAGGCUGCGCAGAAGGAUGGCUCACGCUAUGCGGACGGAACUUCUUCGCAAAAAGAUUCUCGAUACGGCGCGGACGCCGGUCAGCGCGAUUCCCGGUAUGGCGCUGGUGAUGGUCUGCCGCGCGAUUCGCGCUAUGCCAGCGCUUCUGCCGCGCAGCAUCGGGAUGCACGGUACGCGGAAGCAUUAGCGCGCGAUUCCAGGUACUCGGAAGGACUGCAGCGGGAGUUACGCUCCUCGGACGCACAACGAGAUUCCCGCUACAGCGAUGCGCACCAGCGUGAUCGUUCUCCCCGAUAUGCUGCGGCUGCUGCUGCCGCUGCCGCUGCCGCCGAGAAGACAUCCGCUCGGGAGCGAGACAAGUCCCCGCGGUUCUCCGAAGCGCAUCAGCAGCAGAGGGAACGCUCACCGAGGCAUCGCAGCAGCGAAGGUGCUCACCGCGACCGCUCUCCGCGCUAUGCAGCCGGCGGAGGGAUAUUGCAACGCGACCGCUCCCCUCGCAGAGGGGACGCAAGCAGAGAUCGAGAGCGCUCCCCACGCGGCACCGAUGUCCGUCGCGACAAAUCUCCGCGCUACGCCGAUGGUCUCCGUGACCGCUCCCCCCGUGUCGCGGAGAAGCCCGCCGAUCGCGCGGCCAGCUAUGGCGAUUCCCUGACCUCGCACCUCGACCGGUCCGCCUCUGGGCGGUACUCCUCCACGCACCUAACGACGACUGACCGUUCGGGGAAGUACGCAGAUCUACCAGCUGCUGCUGCUGGCGAUCGCUCUUCAACGAGGCACUCGACAGAACGGCAACGAAGCACGGAGACCUCGCGAGCAUAUGGACAAGAUGAGGAUUACCGUGACUCUCAACGAUAUCGGUACAGGCGUGGAGUGUCGCCGGAAGGUAAAGAGGGAGCGGCGGCGGCGGCGGCAGGGAACCGAUCGUCUUCUGCCACUGCGGAGAUGUAUCGUUCGGGCAAGGAGUACGACUCUUCACUUCCCGCAGGCGCGGGAGCAGCAGGUUCAUCAUCCCACAAGAGUGGGACGCCGUCUUCCCGUGACCGUGAUUACGCUGAUCGACGGCAAGGAGGAGUUAGUCCUGUUCUGAAGGCGCGCAAGUUAGACGGCCGAGAUGCAUCAUCGCCUCGAGGAGCGGCUGGCAGCAACAGUUCUGCCAGGCACCAUGUCAUGGAUGAACGGGAAUAUGCGCAAUUGCUAUUGGCGGAGCGAGCGGCAGGUCGCUAUCGAGAGGAACGAGAGUUGCUGGCGCGAGGGUAUGCAUCAUCUGCAGGGGGUAGCGGGUCAAGUGGACGACAUAUGCGAGAUGGAGGCGACGGGAUCUUGCGGUCGGGAUCCCCCGAGAUUUCUAGGGAGGAGUUUCGUGCAAGGCUUCGGGCGGCGGAGGAGCGGUACGCAGCAGCAGCUGAGGACCAGCGUGUUCGCAAGGACAGGUGGCCUGGACCAGAUAAAGGCAACGAGGGGGGAAUGAAAGAUCCCAGAACAGAGAGGGGGAUAUUGAGCAUGGGGGGAGCAGAUGAGAGGGGGUUGUUGCCGCCCAUGCAUCACCAUCCUUAUCAGGGAGGAAUGGGACCAAUGGGACCAAUGGGACCAAUGGGACCGAUGGGACCGAUGGGACCGAUGGAACCUCGGAUGAUGAUGCCGCACCACGGUAUGGGGGGGGGCUUUCCCCCGCCGGGAGCGGGGUUUCCGCACGGCCCCCCGUUCCCUCAGCCUGGCGGAGGGCCAUAUCAGCCGGGGAUGCCGCUCCCUCCUCCUGGCAUGAUGAUGCAGCACGGCAUGCCAAUGGGAAUGCCACCCCCUUACAUGAUGGGUCCCCCCUACCCCCCGCCCCCUAAUAUGGGCCCACCGCAUCCAAUGGGUCCAAUGGGACCCCCUCCCCCUCCUAUGGGGCCUCCCCACAUGGGACCACCUCAUAUGGGGCACCCCCAUAUGGGCCCCGCCGGCCCCAAUAUGCACCAUAUGAUCGGUCCCAACCAUGGAGGCCCAAUGCUGGGACAAGGGAAGGCUAAAAGAGGACGGCGCAGAGAUGGCGAGGGGAUGGACAGACCUGGUAUCUAUCGACGGUUGGAUACGAACGCAUGGUAUGAGAAGAGAUUUGUCAUGACCAAGCAAUGGGGUUUCUGGUUGCCGACGGAGCGCUGGGCGAGCAAUUGGAAGUUUGCGCUCAGGUGGUAUACAGAAGAGGUGGUUUGUCAUGAUGCAUCCUACCACUCUGUGAUUCAACUGACGGGGCCUCAGUCUUCGAUACUGGAUAUUUUGACGCACAUUGCAGAUCCAUUACUACCACCUUGUGUGCCGGAAGUGCUUUCGGGUGAUGCCGCAGCAGAUGAGCUGGAAGAAAAGUCUCGCAUCUUUCUCAAGGGUGGAGUCGAGGGCGACAUGGUGAUUUACAAUCCAGGAACGUUUCCUUGGGGAGCAGUUGCGCCUGCCAGGUUUGCAUGGCGGCCAAUCAGAGAAGCUCCCACGAACCUGCUAAUGAAAGAGAAAGACAAGGAGAAAGAAGAGGAUAAUGAAAACGGGAGUGAGGACUCUGCCAAAAAGGCUUUGAAGAGGAAACCUGUCCACAGUCUGCUGUUCAGGCGGCAGCUCUGGCUGUGGGUUCACGCAGCGGGGUUUGAUGAAGCACUCCAGGCGAUUCAGAGUGGUUGCGAAAUGAGGAACCGAGCAUGGAAGACUGUGAAUGAGAAUGGCAAGUACGUAACCUGCUUUGGAAGGAAGGGGGAAUAUGGAAGGCUAGAACUGAAAGGCUCAGGGGCUCGAGAAUUACUGCGGAGAGUCAUUCGACCUGUUGAUUGGCUUCCUGGAGGCAAUCGGACGGACCUGCCCCCUCUCGGUGAUGGAACAAGCUUGGCAGUCCCUGAGCAGGAGUCGCCAACCAUGUGUGUCAUUGACAAAUGGAUGAGAAUGCUGCCAACCGGCGCGAUGGUUGGGUUAAGGGUGCACGAUCCGCGGCAUUCCAUUUCAAAACCUCUUGGGAAAGAUGAAUUAGCGGCAAGAGCGCAGUCGAAGAUCAGAAAGCUGAUGGCAUUGAAUAAUCUUGAGGAAACUGUAGUUGGAGAAGGUUCGGCAGACCAUGUCGAUCGGAAAAGAAAGCGCGAUGAUGACACGGUCAGCAAUCUUGAUCACAGUACCAAGGUUCAGAAGGAUGGAGGGGAGGAUGGUGUAGGGGAAGCAACAAUCAGGGAGGUUGUUGACAUGAGAAGUCCGGAAAGGGGCGAGUGGGUUUCUGAGAGCACAUGGGAACCUGAGGACGAUAGACCGUUUGACAUCAAGGACAACUGGUGGCUGCCUUUCAAUAGCUAUGCAGGUGUCGUCGGUGUGGCAGAUUCGAUGGAACUCUGGAACCCGAACCGGGAAUGGUGGGGGAAGGUGGCAAAUGAGCGGCCAAGGCCUGAGCACUUUGUGAAUGAUUGGCAGCUUGGCGAACAACAAGAAGUGGAGCUGGCGAAAUGGAAAGGGAAGGAGGAGGGGACUCGUACCGAUGCAGAAAUGCAAGAAAGUGGAAUGGAUGCCAAUGGAGGUGGUAAAGGUAAUGGGCCCCUUGAGCUUGGGAUGGAGCAGGACCAAAUGUGGGCGGAUACGGCUCCGGUGCUUCUCGUGAACCGUGGAGGUUGUGGGAAUCGCUCAAGAUGGUCACUUAUUAUGCCCUGGAAGUGGGCAGGUCCCUUCUGGAUGGCCUUGACUUCCAAUAGCGGAAGUGGGGUUGGAGUGAACGAAUGGCGACGUAUAGAAGCAGAGACUCGACGCCCGGCCUAUCCUUGGGAUUUUCCAGAUACGGUGCCAUUCCUGCGGCAGACUUGGAAAGAGUACUUGGCUAAGAAAGAGAGCUUGGAGAAGAAGAAUUCCGAUUCUGGAGCCAUUCGUCCUGUCCCUCUUCGGUUUGGUCCUGUUGUGGAGACUGCGGGAAAGAUUAUACAGGAUGAUGCUGUGGGAGCUGCAAGGGAGAAUUGUGAUAUGUCAUAUUUCGUGGCACGUAGCCCGACAGUUCUACGCGAUGCUUUGGCAAACCACUUGCCUCGAAAGCGUCCUGUUACCAAAGAGGUAAAUGCUGUAGCGAAGAAGGCGGAGAGGGAGAAAGAUGAUGACAGAGAUGGAAAUGACAAGGAAGAGAGUGAUAGUGAUGAUAAUGAUGAUGAGGAGGAGGAUGAGAACGGCCAGAACAGAAAGCACGAGAGCAGCAAGGGUGAACGCAUCAAGAGUGAAACAGAGCAUGAAAGCAUGAGUGAGGAUGCCAAGCGGGAGAGCAAGGACGAAAGAAAGAGGGAUGUUAAUGAAUGUCUUGUCUUUGUCUCGCUGAAUCUUAUACGAGAUGCGCCGGGUUAUGUCCAGGACGGGGCGGAAGUCUGCGUGGUCAGCUUCACAGACUUUGAGAACUAUUGCAGUUCGGAAAGAUGGAACGGGGUAACGUCGGAACGUACUGUGAGCCGGAUCACAGGUCGAGCGAUGGUCUUCAAGAUUCGAGAAGUAAUCGGCCAUGUCACCACUACAAAGCCCCUGGGAAUAUUUGGUGGGGACUCGAUUCUGGUAGCUGUCUGUCGAGCGGACGCACUGAAGCAGCUUCGAGAUUGGCAGCAUGGUCUUCUCGGGGAAAACAGAAUGAUAAAAUCCCGCAGGAUGCAAUUCAAUGGCGUGCUUGUUUAUGUCAGGAACCUGGACUCCACCAAGUACAAACCUGCACUAAUUAAGCAGUGCAUGUUCCUAAGUGGUAAUUUGAAUGUGUUGUCGCUGUAGAGCACGUUGCUGAAGGAUGGCAUCGGCAGUGUCUCCAAGAGAUAGGUAAUGUAGCUCUCCUCCUGACGACAGUCAUUCUGAUGCACGCUUGUUUUGCCUAGGACGUUGCGCUGUAUUCGCGACGCAUCCUCGCUUACCCAAUGUGGGUAUAACAUGCCAAUGGUAGAGAGAGAAGUCCACCUUUUUCGAGCAGUGUUUUUGUAGGUUUCCGAUCCUGUCGUUGGGCAUUUUUCGUAGCUUUACUGCUCAACCCUAUCAGCACCUCCCAAGAUGUGUGGGUUGAGGGGGAACAUUUUUGUGAUGAGACGAAGCCUAAAGGCCCAAAGGGAUAUCUGCAUGAUUAUGUGUUAGCUUCUGUCUCCUGUAGCUUUUGGGAAAUACUUGAUGGAGGGUGGUACGAGGUGCUGUGCGCAUUCUGCCUUUUGUCUAUUUGCAAUGGAGCUUCCUAAUUGUCGAUUUUGUUACGGAGGCCAUUCUUUUGACGAACACAGCCUUUGUACUGGACGUGGUUUUCAACUUUUCAAUGUUUGCACGCUGCAUUCAGACAAAGGAGGAAACACAGAAAGCCCAUUCGUGGCAAACCGCACUCU